AUGGCCGAGAAGGACAAGAUGGAUUCAAUCAAGUUGCUCAAUGGCAUCAAGGAGUACAAGGAGCAGAUAGCAGCCUACAUCAAGGACUUUUAUGAAGAUGAUCAGUUCAUUCACUCGCAUGGCGAGCCCAAGGACAAGAUUGAACGAUACAAAGUGUUGACCGCCAUCGAGAGCACAAGUUUGCAAUCGCCUCAGCUGUCUGGCUCGCCAAAGAUAUCUUCAAUGCCGAGUCUGAGUAGCUAUCUUCAUGGACACGUUCACACUGCGCAUCAAGGCAUGCCGUCGAUCAACCUGUCAUUCUGGGGCUCAUCAUCACAGCAACAUGAAAAGACAAAGAACAAAGAGGAGUCGGUCUCUGAUCUAAUGUCCUCGUUUCAGAAUAAGGAUGUGGAGCUGGAUCGUGUCAAGUGCAGGAGUACACUUGAAUCGAUGAAGGUGCAGAACCUACAAGAGAAGUUCACCGAGCUGUCCCAUUUGGUGCGAUCGGAGAAGGACAAGUGGGGGCUCGAGGUCCAGUGCAUCAGGAGUGAGAUCAACAACAAAGAGAAGGAGAUAGGUCAUCUCCUUCGCGUGGCAGAGAACCACAAGAAGACCUCAAUGGAUAACAUUGAUCACAUCACAAAACUUAAAAGGAGCCUGGCAUCAAUAUGUAAUCUACGUGGAGGCAGUAGCAGGUUGGACAUUAAUAGAUUGAAUGAGAGCUUCUCAUUUGAGAAUCUAUGUCCAGGUGGCCAAUCACAAUGUACAUCAGUUCACAAUCAUCUUGGAUCAUCCUCGUCGUCGUCAUCAUUAUCAUCGUCAUCAUCAUCAUCUGGAUCCGAUCAUGGUAUCACUCACUCAAACGAUCGGUUCUGGACCGAGGAGAAGAGAGACAUUGCACACUUGAACAAACAGUUGCUCAAGAAGGAUGAGGAGAUCAAGCGAGUCAAGGAUAUUAUAUACGUGGAGAUGAGACGGUCCAACUAUCUCGGCAACAAGUUGAUAGAGUUGAAGUCAUUGUUGGAGGAGGAGAGCAGGCAGGUGGACUACCUCGAGCUCAAGGCUUUCAGAGAGGUGAAGGAGAAGGAGGACGCGGUCGUUCGUGUGGCGUACAGGGCUCAGAAGGACAGACUACGCUCAGCCAUCCUCAGAGGUGAGGUGCAGAAGUUGUCUGCCAUUCUUCAACAUGAAGAACCGGUAUCAAGGAGGAGGUAUGCACUGCAGGAUGGCGACACAUUCUCAGAGAUGGGUGAUCUGUCGCAGUUUAGCAACAUCUCCUUGGCGCAGUUCUGUAGCGAGGGCUAUAGGGUGACGCCUCAACGACCCAAGCCAUCAAACAAUCAUAGUCUCCUGCCUUGGCAUGUGCACCACAUCAACACCUUGGUCAACGAGAACAAGUUCCCCAGCUCACCAACACAUGGCGAGGGCAAGUUGCCACUGGCCAACCUAUCGUUCGAGGUGGAGUCAUUCCUUCGCAGGUCACACCAGGGUUCAAUACCCACCGCAUCAUCACCACUCUCUCCUAGCAUGGGUCGAAUGGGCAGACGCAACUCUGAGGUCAUAUCUCCAGUCCAUAACCAUCACGCCAGGACCUCAUCAAGUUAUACACACGAUCAAUCAACUGGUCAUUCACAUGGACAUGGUCACGGUCAUCAUGCUCAGAGUCAUAGUCAUGCACAUGGACAUGGACAUCCAUCUCCAUCAGAGGUGAUUCAACGCAAGCUCCUAGAGAUAGAGGAGAUAUAUAGUUUGGCCUCGUUGAAGGAUAUGGAGUUGGUCAAGAUAAAGAAGAUUGCCGAGGCCGAACGUUCCAAGUACCUCAUCCUACGUGAGAAGUACAGACAACUGAUGGAAGAGUAUAACAACAUGAUCAGUCAAUCAAUGAUCCACCUACACAGCAGCAACAGCAGCACCAGUAGCACUAGCAGUAGUGGCAGCAGCCACAGGAAUACCAAUGGCCUUGGCAACACAGACUAUCGAUACUAUAACAGUAAUGUAAAUAUAUUUUAA